GGAGCCCUGGUCCGCGGUGGAUCUUAGUCGUGGUCUGUCCCGGCUCUUCGCUGCCGUCUACCCGCCGCUGCUGUGGUCAAUUUACCCCUCACGCUAUACUCGCCUAGGCUGCUGCAACCAGUCGGCGUUCUCGUCAUGGCUUACCGUGGUCCGGCGUACGGUCUCAGCGCGCAGAUCGCCAGCAAGAUCGCAUCGAAACGUGAUCCCGAGCUGGAAUCGCAGAUCUUAGAUUGGAUCGAAGAGGUGCUCGAGCAACGACUACCUCAGGCGCCAUACGAAGAAGUGCUUCGAGACGGCGUCGUACUAUGCAAGCUUAUGAACGCUCUGAACCCGGGCUGCAUUCCAAAGAUCAACACAGGUGGCAGCCAGUUCAAGAAGAUGGAGAACAUCGUGAUGUUCCAGAACGCGGCCAAGGAGUGGGGCGUGCCUGAGAUCGACGUCUUCCAGACCGUCGACCUCUGGGAGAGGAGGAACAUCCCGCAGGUCUCUCAAUGCAUUCUAGCACUGGGACGAGCGUGCUAUCUGCACCCGGAAUACCAGGGACCUUGCCUGGGACCCAAGCCGGCCGAGGAGAACAAGAGGAACUUCAGCGCGCAGCAGCUGAGAGCGGGAGAAGGCAUCAUCAACCUCCAGUACGGCACCAACAAGGGCGCCAACGCGAGCGGCAUCAACUUCGGCAACACGAGACACAUGUAACGACACGACAUUGUCGAAAAAAAAAAAAAAGGA